AACACUAGAAGUGGAAUCUGAGGUCUCAAGUAUGUAAGAAGAGGACUCCCUGGGAACUCCCAAAAGCAGCCCUCCUCUUCAGAAACCAGACACUGGGCCUGGAAUCACUCCCCUCUCCCAAAUACAGGAAUGCACGUUCCCCCAACCAUCAGGACGCUGGGCUCCCUGUGCACUCCGCUCGCUUUGCUGCUCACUUUCGGGGCUCCUUCCCCUUGCACUUAAUGAAGAUUGGCGCGCUAGCUUCGCGGCCGUCUCAGACAUGCUGCAAUGUGUGAACGGAGACCGGCGGCGCACGCGUCUUCCCUUUUUGAUGCCCAUCCUUUGCAUUGUGUCUUCUUGCCUUGGUGAACAUGUCCAGCAGGCAGAUGUCCACAUUCUGCACAACAGCAAAGACCAUCUUACCAUGAACUUACCUCCAUCGUAUGAACUGGUGGAUCCCGUCAAGGUAGACGAGUACGGCAACUUCCUAUCCUAUACCUUAACCCAUCAUGAAAGACUUAAACGAAGAAAACGGGACAUCCGGUCCGAGAAGGUGCACUACAGGAUUCGUCAGGGAACUAAGGAUUUGUAUUUGAACUUGACCGUCAAUGAAAGAUUUCUAUCUGAUAACUAUAUUCUUGAAAGAAGAACUGGAAACCAGAGUGGAGUAAGGAUUACCCCUCGAUCGGGACUGUCCUGUCAUCUCACCGGCACGGUCCAAGAACCUGAUAUCGGGAUCGGUUACGCGGCUAUAAGUACUUGCAAUGGACUGGCCGGAUUUUUCCGUCUCCCCCACGGAGAUUAUUUCAUUGAACCUUUGCAUAAUAAAGAAGCUGCAGGGAGGCAGCAUAAGCAUAUAAUGUACAAGAGAGAAGCGGCUCACCAGCGGCGGCGGCGGCACAGAGACCUUCACUCUGCUGGGAACCAGUCGUGUGGACUAAUUGAUGAUUUCAGCUUUGUUCCUCAGCUUGAACGCCAAAGGGAGAAAUGGGAGAGGAAGCAUCUGAAGCACAGAAGAAUUUCACCGCGGUCAGUCAGCAAAGAACGAUGGGUGGAAACACUGGUGGUUGCGGACACCAAAAUGAUUGAGUAUCAUGGCAGUGAGAGCAUAGAAUCGUACAUCUUUACUGUGAUGAAUAUGGUAUCCGGAUUGUUCCACGAUCCAAGUAUUGGUAAUGCAAUUCACAUAAAAGUGGUGCGGGUCAUUCUGCUGGAAGAGGAAGAGGAAGGCCUGAAGAUUGUCCACCAUGCUGAUCAGACUUUGACCAGUUUCUGUAAAUGGCAAAAAAGCAUAAACCCGAAAAGUGAUUCUCACCCGGCACAUCACGACGUGGCUGUAUUAUUAACGAGGAAGGACAUUUGUGCGGGUAGAAACAGUCCCUGUGAAACUCUGGGCUUGUCCCACCUGUCAGGCAUGUGUCAGCCAUUCAGAAGCUGCAACAUCAAUGAAGACACUGGGCUUCCCAUGGCAUUUACCAUCGCCCAUGAGAUUGGACACAGCUUUGGAAUCCAGCAUGACGGACAGGGGAACGACUGUGAAUCAACAGGAGGACCUCCAUACAUAAUGUCCCGACAACUGCAAUAUGACACCUCGCCGUUGACAUGGUCUCCCUGCAGCAAGGAAUACAUCACCCGGUUUUUAGAUCGAGGAUGGGGAUCCUGUCUUGAUGACUUACCAGCGAAGAAAGACUUUAAGCUUCCGUUGAUUGCCCCGGGAGUGCUAUAUGAUGUCAAUCACCAGUGCCAGCUACAGUACGGACCCAACGCCACCUACUGUGAAUUAGUGGAUAACGUCUGCCAGACUUUAUGGUGUUCAGUAAAGGAUUUGUGCAGAUCCAAACUUGAUGCUACAGCAGAUGGGACCAGAUGUGGUGAGAAAAAGUGGUGCAUCAAUGGCGCAUGUGUUACUGUAGGGAAACAACCAGACACUGUAAAUGGAGGCUGGGCGUCAUGGACAUUUUGGUCCCACUGUACAAGAACGUGUGGAGCCGGGGUACAGAGUGCAGAAAGGAAAUGUAACAACCCUGAGCCAAAGUUUGGAGGGAAAUAUUGUACAGGAGAAAGGAAGCGCUACAGAAUGUGUAAAACCAACCCAUGUCCUAAGAACCAGCCGUCCUUCCGCCAGAUGCAGUGCGCAGAGUUCGAUUCUCUGCUGUAUAAAAAUGAGCUGCAUACGUGGUACCCCAUAUAUAACACAGCUAAUCCCUGUGAACUUCACUGCCGAAAUGCAGAAGGCAAUUUCGCUGACAAGCUGCUUGACUCAGUCAUUGACGGAACGCCGUGUUUCGAGGAGACUGACAGCCGCGACGUCUGCAUUAAUGGCAUGUGUAAGAGCGUGGGCUGUGACUAUGAAAUAAAUUCCAAUGCUACUGAAGACCGAUGUGGACUAUGCAUGGGAGAUGGAUCUAGCUGCCAGACAGUCAGGAAAACAUUCAAUCAAAGUGAAGGAUUUGGUUACGUGGAUAUCGGUAUUAUUCCCAAAGGCGCCAGGGCAAUAAAAAUAGAAGAGGUUGCUGCUGCAGGAAAUUUCCUGGUGCUCAGAAGCGAAGACCCUGAAAAAUAUUACUUAAACGGCGGAUUCAUCAUACAAUGGAUGGGUGACUACAAGGUGGCCGGGACGAGGUUUCAUUACGAGAGGAGCGGAGAUCUGGAGAACCUCACAGCUCCGGGGCCCACCAACGAGUCAGUGUGGAUCCAGCUUCUGUUUCAGGAAAAUAACCCAGGGGUUAAAUACGAAUACAUCAUCCAAAAAGAUGUCACCUCGGACAAUGAGGUUGAGGUUGUGUAUGCCUGGAGGUACGGAAGCUGGUCAGAUUGCAGCACCACUUGUGGAGCUGGCCUUCAGCGCCAGGUUGCCAGAUGCAUUAGCAAAGGAAAAGGAGUGGUGAAAAAUACCUUCUGUGACCCAAAUGAGCAGCCAUUGCCAAGGCAGAAGAAGUGCAACCUACAGGACUGCCCUGCAAGGUGGUGGACAGGGGAAUGGCAGGAAUGCUCUGCUACCUGUGGCCCAACCGGUGAAAAGAAGAGAACGGUCCUAUGUAUCAGGACAGUGGGAGCCGAUGAGCAAGCUCUGCCAUCUGAGGACUGCCACCAUCUCACCAGACCCAAAAGCUAUAUAUCCUGCAACAGAGAUAUCGCAUGUCCAUCUGACUGGUCCGUGAGCAACUGGACAGAGUGCUCUGCUACAUGUGGAGGUGGUAUACGAACCCGUAAUGUGACAUGUGCAAAAUAUAAUAAUGAAUCCUGUGACCCUUCGAAGAAACCCUACUCGAAAUCCCUCUGUGGACUUCAGCAAUGCUCAAUCCAGAAAAGGCCAGCCCAACUUCCUCUGAAAUACAAGAAUCUCAGAACAACCAUCAAAAUCUAUCCCAAGAUUUCAGACGGACCUAAGAAACGCUUCUUUCUACUCAAAAAAAAUCCCAGAUUUGUUGCUUCUACUAAAGCUCCUACGAAAAGUGUGGAGACCACACCAGCAUCUGCUAUAACUUCACAGCUCCCUCCUGUAAACUCUUUAGAAGACGAUUUUCAAAUCUAUGACAUUCCAAACUCCACCCAUUUUAAUGUGGUCUAUAAAUAUAACUUUGUCCUUGUGUCCAGUAAUAGGAAGAAAGUUGGCGCCAAUGUGACAAAAAUUCCACCAAGCCCCAAAGAAUUGAAUGAGAGUGUCAUAAUAACUAAUGAUAAUGUAACACAAAGAGGCCUUGACUUGGUAUUCAAUGCCACCAGCUCUCCACCCAACCCUACUCUAGAAGUAACACCAAGAUACGACUUUCUGACUCAAGAACCAGAAACCCAGACACACUUUGAGGAAAGUGAUGGACCAACAGAGGAGCCUGAUAUCUACUAUGAUGCUGAAAAUGAUAAUAUCAUCGAGUCUAGAAGUAAGAGACACAAGGGUAAGGUCAAGGUUCACCAGGAGAAUCACACUACCACCACAGACCAACCUCAAUCUUCAACUCUAGUUAUGGUCUCAACAGAAUUUUCAAGCUCUCCCAGCCCGGUGGCAACAACUGAAAGUCUCCCUGAGAGUUCUUCAUAUGAGGAUUUUAAUGAGCAGGAUCCAGAAAUGAUAGACUUGGCCAACCAUGAUCAGCUGCCAACACCUAGCUUAAAUACCUCCCAUGAGGUAUCUCCAGACAUAAAUAUGUCCUAUAACCAGAGUAUACUGAAUUCUACAACCAGCGGAAACAUUACAGAGUCAUCUGAGAAUAAAACGAGCCCCGUGUACUGGAUAGUGGGUGACUGGAGCGAGUGCUCCACCACAUGCGGACUCGGGGCGUUCUGGAGAAAUGUGGAAUGUAGCACAGGAAAUGAAGCUGACUGUGGACGCAUUAAAAAACCGGAUCCUGCCAGAAGAUGUCACCUCCGUCCAUGUGCGCACUGGAGAACCGGGAACUGGUCCAAGUGCUCUACUAACUGUGGUGGUGGAUUCAUGACCAGGGAGAUCCAGUGUAUUGAUGUCCGUGAAAAUCGACUUCUGCGACCAUUUCAUUGCCAGUCUCCCGGACACAGCCCGCUGCAGAACACUUCAUGUAAUCCAGAGUCGUGUUUGUCGUGGCUUGCCAAACCAUGGAGUGAGUGUUCAAAGACAUGUGGGAACGGCAUCCGUCAACGGGAAGUCUUCUGCCCCAAGGACAAUCGAUGCGACCUGAAAAAGAGCCCAGUCAUUACAUUAAACUGUAGCCUGGACCCAUGUGUCUCCUGGGAAACAAGCAAUUGGACAGAGUGUUCAGCAUCAUGUGGGGAGGGCGUCCAACAAAGAACCGUGCAGUGUUUCGAUACUGAUAAUAACCGGAAUGUGAACCACAGUUUCUGCCAAAAAGAACUAAAACCUCAGGAAAUUAAAGAGUGUCAUCUCCAGGAAUGCUCUAAAAUCUCAGAUGUAUCCUGCAGAAAAGACAAGCUGUCAAUUAAUUUCUGCAACACUGUGAAAAAUGUCGGGAAAUGUUCUUUGAAAGCCAUUCAGUCACAGUGCUGCUUCACAUGUGCAAGAAAAGAUGAUUUUCUUCAAGGAGGCUAAGUCAUUGUUUCGAUCAAACCCGUUCACAUGCUGCGUACAGCGAUAUCUAAUGGUGACCCUCACGUGCCGCAACACAACACGACACCCAGGAACUGAUACAGAAGGAUUUACUUCUAACUGGAGGACAAUUCCAUUUACUGCCAGGAGGUCUUGUUGUUUAUGUCAUCCCGAUGGUUGGUGCACAGAGGGGAAAUAUGGCUGCAAUCUAUGUGUGUUUUUAAAAAAAUUGUAAAAAAAAAUGCCAAUAUUUUAUUUCGGUGCCAAGUUAACAGUAUUUAACGCUACAGUACUCUUGCGAGAACCACUUCUCCACUUCUGCCCCCAUAACUGCCCUGCCUGCUCAAUGAUGACAUGGGAACAGGAAGUGUUGUCAUAGGGACACAGGAAUAGGAUAUUUAAGCUAUUUUUUACAUGUCUAAAACAAACCAAAAAGGCAUCAAAACUGAUCUUUUGAUGAGCUUCACAUUACAUAGAAACAUAGAAUGUGUCGGCAGAUAAGAACCAUUUGGCCCAUCAAACUAUAUUGUUACCCAGGCAAAGCAUUCCAUUCUGAGGAGUAAAACCUAUGCCCACCUUCCAAUAAACCUCAGGGGGAAAAAAUGAAGCAACUUUGCAAUAGGUCUUAAUUAAAAAUCUCCUACCAUUUUGUCUCCACGGCUAUUAUACGAACUGCGUCUCCAUGGUAACAGACUACGAACAGACUUUGCGUAGUCUGAUCCUGCAGUCAUGUUCCCUUCUAUCUCUCCCUAGCUUCUGGCUAACAUACCAAAUGUAAGUUAGCACAAAAGUGUUAGGGGGACAAAUUGAGGAAAUUUUUAAACUGCAGGAUCACCCUAUGCAGAGUUUGCUCAUAGUCUGUUGCCAUAGAGACGCAUAGUCUGCAUAGGAGCUGUAGACACAAAACAUUAGGAAAUUUCUAACUGAGAGCUAUUCCAAAAUAAUUUUCAAUUUAUUGAGACAAUAUUUUUUUUAAGGUGGACAUGCGCUUUAAAGGCUGCAGAUAUUCAGAACGUAUCAUCUGGAUAGAACAUCAGCAUCAGAUCACGGGGGCUUUCAACAACCAGCGCACCCACCAAUCAGUCUCGUUAGGCUGCCACAGAGCUGGAGGCUAUACAUUGUAUGGAGCCUGAGGUAGACAGCGCCAUAGACAGUGUAGUGGCCAUGCCGGGUACUGCACUUGAAUGGAAGCUGAGCUUCAGUACACCAGUACCCAAAACUACACCGUGUACGGAGCCUUCUGCUUCUGCUCCAUGUGUGAGGCACCGGUUUUAGAAGAAAGCAGCCAUGUUUCUCUAGUCCUGGACAAACCCUUUAAAUCUUCAAAGCCUACAGCUGGUGGGGUUGCUGCAUGUUGGACCCCCACCAAUCAGAUAUUGAUGAUAGGUCAUCUAUAUUGUACUUCCAGAAAACCCCUUUAAAAAGGGUCCAUCAUGUCCAUGGGGUUGCCAUAGGCUCUCCCAACAUUUAAUGGUGCUACAAAACUCCAAACUGGUUGGAUUUUAUCAUUCAUAUUCUAUUAUACUGUAUUCCCCAAGCUUAUCUCACCAGAGAGCUCUGACGCCGCUUAUCUCGCCCAGUGUCAUAAUAUUAAAGGGUUUUCCAGGAGGGAGGGGGUGGAUUUUUAAUUUUUUUUUAAGGAUCAAAAAGCCAUACUCUGUUCACCAAUCCCCAGUCUUUGCCGUUCCUGUGAUGAGCUGGUCCUGCUGCUCUCUACAUCCCGGUCCCAGCUCAACACACAGGAAAUAGCUGGAAAUGCUCUAGUGGCUGAGGUGGGUCUCCUCUGCGGCCAUCGGCUGAGGGCGCAGCUCCUGUCAUUUCCUGUGUAUUGAGCUGGGACCAGAAAGUGGACCAGAGCAGCGUCGAAAUGGCAGCCUCUGAGGAAUCGAAAAAGAUUCUCCGGAAAAAAAAAAACCUUUAAAAAUUCUUCUUUCUUUAUUUUCCCCGGUAUAAACAUCAUAGCUACACCUUAGCUCAGACAUGGCGCCUACCUGACCGAUGGAACAUAGCCCUCGUCACAUCCCCACUUUAUCCAAAAGCUUCAGUUCCAUCACUCAUAGCUGCCAUGUACAAUAUACAGGUGGAGGUGCGGCUGCAAUGUGCACCUGCAGCUGCAGCCAGCAGAGGAAAUGGUCUGGGAGAGAAAGAUUUUGAAUACCACCACGGUCAAUAAAGAAAGACCAGACAACCUCAUGACUAUGGGCAUGUCUCCAAGGUACGGUAAAGAUGGUGGCCAUGACUUGGUUUACACUCGUAUAUUGCUUGCGUCCAAGUAAAUUCAGUCAAGCAGGAUACGUAUAUAACAUUUACAUGUAUUUCUGUCUAAUAGAUUAUACACCAGUAUAUUCUUCUGUAGGUGCUAAUUACCGUAUGGUGCUACGCCCGAAGGUGCUACUACUACAGUUUCACAUCAUUAGCUCCGUGUUUCCAUACAGAUUUACUUAAUCUAAUUGUUUUUGUGCUAAUUAUUAAAUGGUGCUAAUUUCUCCAUUUUCUGAGAUAAAUCUCACAAUCUUGAUGUGAAUGAGAAAGCUCAGAAUACACAUUGCAUAACUGUAUCAGCUCCGUGUCUAUGGUUGGAACUGUGUUGCUUCACGUUGCCUAGCAACUACUUGUCUUCUCAUCCUGUUGACCACCGUGGCCAUUUUUUGAAGUUCCAAAAUCUUUAAUUGGGCUCCUCCCCAUCUACCAUGGGCCCAUUUAUAAUACUGGGGUCUUUAUAUUUAGCAGUGGGGCCCCCUCAGGCGACCUCAACCUGCUACCUCUGUACCCCCUAUAGCUACGCCUUUGACUAUCUAGGAAGCUUCAUGUACUUCAUAGAAAUAGGGCAUAUGGAAGGAGGUGGGCUUAUUGAGACAACCCCUUUAAGAUUGGAUGACACAGCCCUACAUGCUGGCUCUACUCGCAAAACUAUUUUCCACAUUUUCCACUCUCAUCCUCCCUUCUCCAUUUUCUGGCGCCUCCUUCUUCCUUGACCAAGUUGUCCAUACAUGUAGCAGACACAAUGCCUGUGGUCAACAUGAAGCAGACAGGAAGUCGCAAGGUGGCGACUCAUGAUUGCUUAAAUGGGUUGUCCAUUUUUUUUUUAUUUCAACCUAAGCCUGAUGUACCUGUUGAAAAAUCCAUACCUCCCUGCUCCACUCGGCUCCCAGGUCCUUUCCACUGGACUGUUCUUCUCCUGUCAACUUCCAGAUGGACGGAGGUCACGUGCUCCACUGAAGUGGUGACAUCACUGUUGGGUCGCAUUCUGCUUGGAGACAAGUCACCACUGGGACCAGUAAUGGGGUGCAGAAGCCCACAUGACCCCAUCCAUCUUGAAGUUGAUAGGACAGGGGCCAGAAGACCAAUGCCAGGGAGCCAGAAUGGAGCACCCCCAAACUGCAAAUCACCAUUGGGUCACAUGCUGCUUGGAGAUAGGUCACUGCUGCAGCCCACGUGACUCUGUCUAUCUUGAAGUUAAUAGGACAUUGCCUGGAAGACCAGAACUAAGGGCACCCAAACAGAGGAACGAGGAGCAGGUGAGUAGGGAUUUAUUUACAAGUACGGCUUGGGGUUGACAUUUAAAAAAGUUUUUAAAAAAAAAGCUGGACAACCCUUUUAAGUUAAGAAGGUUCAAAGAGAAUGUAUAAUGCAAGUUUUAUACAGUUAUCAAAGGGGAUGUUCUAGAUUAGAAAAAACAUGGCCACCUUCUUCCAAAAACAGCUCUACACCAGUCCUCAGGUUGUGUCAGGUAUUGCAGCUCAGCUGCAUUGAAGGUAAUGGAGCUGUGCUGCAUUACCGUGAACAAACUGUGCCCAGGUGAGGCGAUAUUUUUCCAAGAAAGCUGCCUUGUAAUCCUGGAUGUUGUUAUUUGUGAAUAUCUCAUAAAAAAUAGAGCCUAGUGGUAAGUGAUUGCUCCGGUCACCUCCAGAUAGGGUUGUCUUCUGCUGGACCUUUGAGCCCAUUAUUAUACUGGAGCCUGAGCUCCUCAGAGUAUCCCCUGCUGGGACAAUAUGACACCCAGGUCCAUUCUGUCUAAUGGUCCAGUAUUGCUGUUUUUGGAUACAUGCUGUGUCUACAUGGAACCAUGAUUACAUUGUCACCGUGCUGACACUCGGCGCCGCAUCUCAGAAAACAAGGUAAAAUGUACUGAUGAAACCAUAACUGUGAAAUAAAAUAAAGAUCAUUUUAU